CCACUAGCAACCGCACACUACAUCUUGGUAUUGUAAACUUGUUUCACAAUGGCCGGAGAAAAAUCUGGCUGUUUUACCUGGUGUGUUAGGCUAAAAGAAGCGUGUAAUGAAAGGUGGGCUCGGUUUAUCAACAGACUCCGCCGCCGAUUCUACGCAAGAAGAGGUCAAAGAGUCGACCCAGCCAGUGUCUUAAAUGAGACUGGAACAAAAGAUAUGGUGCUGUCUAAAACACCACGCAGAUCCAACAUAGUGAUUCCUGACAUACUUGCUGGAAACAGUGUCACAGAUGAACCACUGAGUGUUGGAAAUGUGACUGACAAAGACUUUGACAGACAAGUUGGGGACUACGUAGCAAGGAUUAUACAGACAGCAGCCGACACAUUGAAGUCUGAGGAUCAAUUGCUUAGCAACACAAGAAUAAUCACUGUGAACGCAGACGACAACGUUUCCCUGACUUCAAGCGUUAUCAGCCACAUCGCAGACAUUGCUGUGACUGACAGUUUGAGCAACAUCGUCAUGGAAGACGCCAACGAAUCGGCAAUCAAGUUAAACAAAUCGAGGACAGGCGUAGAAUUCGUGCAGAAAUAUGGAACCGUCGCAGACGACAAGGAUGAUGCACCCUGGGUACCAUCUGGCAAGGCUUAAACCAAAUGACACUGAAGAGAUGCAGCCUAUUUUACUUCUACGUUUUUUCUCUUUUUUUUUCUUUUUUUUU